AUGGACUCCAGGCGGCAGAUUAAACGCACCGGCAUACCACCCUUGAACAACCUUAGCCAUGCCGAUGCUCGUGAAGAGACCUUAGUCUUUAGCCAUCCAUCCAAUUCGACCAGCAUGCCAUACCAGUUAAAUGAAGCAAAGGACAGAGCUGCUUCCACGUCAAAGAGUGGCACCUUAUCAGAGUCAAACGAAAAUCAAACAGAGCAGCAGACGAUGAGUUCCCAUUGCCCACUACAACAGGAAGAGCUCAAGGGCACGCCCCAUCCUGAAAAUAGAUGUUUAUCUCAGAGGGAGGCAGGCAUAUUGAAGGAGAGCUGGAAGCUUAACCACGCCAAUGCCGCCACUCAAAUGAAGGCGACCACAAAUGAACAAGGAUCAACAUUGCAUGCAAGUCAGUAUGAACUUGUUGCAUUCCCAGGUACAUCAUGGCCACAGCGCAGGGUUCCCCCAGCGACGGUGCAGAGGAAACAGUCUGGCCAAGAAACAUCACGGCGAAACUGGCUACCAACUUCAGCUUGCGAUGGUAUACAGCCGAACCCCGGCAACGGGGGUGCUCGCCCUCAUUUCGAAUGGCAGGUGACAUCUGGUACCAGCAGCAUAACUUUCCCUGCUACAACUAUAGGCGAGCUCGAAAGGAGUGAUGCAGACACCGAACCUCUAGUUCCAGGAUAUCUCGAAUCCUUAAACAUCACCGGAUGGAUGGAGAGAAAUGGUGACGGAUAUUACCCAUACUAUCCCCAAGGCAUACCUUAUUCAGCCAUCCACUACCUUGAUACCCAGUCUCACUCAUGGACGGACAUUUCUUGCUCAAAUAUGGCCAGCGUACCGACUCAGCACCAAAAUUCACAAUGGGAAACGCAUAACGAGGGUCACAGUCCCGAUUAUGGUUUUUACUGCAGCCCCGGGUCCCCCUUUUCUUCGGCACUAUCAAGUGCGGCGACACCAGACCUACCACUAACAUCGACCAACCCUGGGUCCUUGGUCGCCAGCGAAAGCAAUAUGUAUCUCGAAGAUCUGGACCUGGAUACUGUGGGAGAAGGGCAAUCUCGAGGUGGUUCCAGCGCAGGCGCGGAUAUAGAUGGUCAAUUUGCACUCAGUGACGGUGCCAACGAAGAUCGGGUCAAGCGGAGAGGAUGCCGCUCAUCCUGCCAGCGCAAUGACGAGAGAGAUGCAUUUCUGAUAGAGUGCAAGCUCUCAGGGAUGUCCUAUAAGGAGAUUAAGGCAAAGGGAAAGUUCACAGUAGCAGAGUCUACCCUGCGAGGCCGUUUUCGAAGCUUGACAAAAAGAAAAGAGCUUCGAGUAAGGAAGCCAGGCUGGCAAGAGAGUGACGUGAGUAUACCACCUCAAACUGGAAAUGUCCAGCAAUAA